UUCUCCAAGUGAAUACACAAGAGGUUACAGUAAAAAUCUCAUUGAAAAGAAUUAUUUGUUGACAAAUAAAUUGAUCAAAUUAUCAAAAAAUAAUGAAAAGUCGCUUUUAAUUAAAUUUAAAAUUCAUAAAUAUAAAUAGACUUAAGAUGUUACGAAAUAUUAUUCGUAGUAGUAGUAAAUUAUUUACUAGAAACUCUAGAUCAUUUCAUAGUUCAUCAAUUGUUCACGAUAAGGACAAUGAAGAUCAAGACUACAAAGCAAAACUGGAAAAAGAUGAAGAAGGUGAUGACUACUGGACGACAGCACCAGAUCCGGAACAUCCAGUAUUACGAACUAUGCGGGUGAUGGGUAAAGAAGUUCGUGAUAUCAAACAGCAAUUUUUUUUUUGGAAGGAGCCGACACCUCCAGAUUGGGACGAAUGGGAAAUAGAUUCGACUGGUUUCCCAACUCAUUUUGAUGUUCUCAUAAUCGGCGGCGGCAUAAUGGGAAUGUGUGCUGCCUACUGGAUGAAAAAAGAGGGCGGAAACGGUUUUCAAGUUGUCGUUGUUGAAGAUAAACCGAUGGAAGAAUAUACAUCGCCAAUGAUUUUGACAGCCAGCACUUUAACUCAGCAGUACGCAUUAGAAGAGAACAUUGAAAUGGCUCUUUUCGGUGCCGAAUUUAUCCGGGAUGUGAAUAAAUACUUGGGUAUUGACCAGAAACCUCCUAUAGAUCUAGAGUUCAGGCCCCAUGGAAAUUUGAUCCUGGCCAAGGACGAGGACGCUGAGAGACUCAUGAAAAAUGUGAAACUACAAAAUUCUAUGGGAGCUUCGACUACCAUUUACACUGCAACACAGUUGCAACGCAUGUUCCCGUGGCUCAACACCGAAGGAAUAGCAAUUGGUACCAUGGGGGCUGAAAAAGAGGGUUCAUUUAAUCCCUAUGCGUUGUUGAAAGCUUUGAGAAACAAAUGUUUAGCUCUUGGGGUUGAAAUUGUUACUGCGGAAGUCAAAGGAUUCAUUUUUAGUAAAGUUCCAAAUUUCACUGUCGUUUCACCCUCGACUGCUGAUCUAUACAGUAAACUUAAUCAUGCUGUUGUGAAGACAGCAGCUGGUGAAAAAAAAGUCAUGCAAUUCGCUGUAGCUGUAAUUGCUGCUGGUUCUCAAAGCGGACAUAUCUCUAGUCUUAUGAAAAUUGGACGAACUUGUGGUGUACGUUCAGUACCAUUGCCUGUAAUUCCAAGACCAAGGCACUUGUGUUAUUUUGAAGCACCAGAAGGCCCGAAUUUAAAUACUCCGAUAGUAAAUGACACGUCUGGUUGUUUCUUCAGACGUGAGAACUUGACGAAUCUCUACAUGGCCAGUAAAAUUCCUCGGAAGGAAAAUAUUGAGACAAUGGAAGACAUAAGUAAUGAAAAUUUACUUGAUGAUGAAAAUUAUUUCCAACGAGAAAUUUUACCUUCGCUGGUAGAACGAGUACCGUCUUUCAAAAACAGUAAAUUAGUUUCUUCAAAGGCUGGAUUUUACGAUUACAAUUAUUUUGAUGAGAACGGGGUCGUCGGUCCACAUCCUCUGUACUCGAACAUCUUCUUCGCGACUGGUUUCGGUGAACAAAGUAUCAUUCAAGCCCCCGCAGUGGGCCGCGGUAUCACUGAGUACGUCAGAAACACAAAUUACAAGACAAUUGAUCUUUACAGAUUGAACUUUGAACGGUUUAUCACAUACGAAGAAAUGAGAUCUAAAGUUGUUUAAUUAUUCUAAGGUUUUAUUAAAGUAGAUAAAAAAAAUGAAUGUUUGUAUCAAUUAAAAAAGUACAUCAAUUAAUA